GCUGAUCUACGCAACAACAAUAGCAACGACAUGACUGACCAAGAACGAGAUGAAUAUCUUCGGAGAGGGUUGCUGCACUCCCGAUCAAGUGUUGGAGGAUCUUCGAGUUGUUCUGCUAGCUCCUCCGCAACGUCGAGGACGGGCAUUACAGCAUCGCGACGAAACGCUGGUGGUCCAUCCCUAGAUUAAGGCUUGCCGUAAUUCAUCUUAAGAGGCAUCUUUGGGCACGAUUUCAAGGGGAAUUCACUUCAAAGAUGCACUUUAAGAUGAAUAUGGAUAAGGUCUAACUAGAUGAGCUUUACUUUGAAAACCGAGUGGCCCAAUUGUUCGGACAUGGACACAUCAACAAGAAAGUGAAAUCCAGAGCUUUUCGUCACGGGGCGCCGAUAAGUGGGAAUUAUGAAGCACCAUAGUUUGCUCUAGCAUCCGAAUACUCACGUUUAGUGCUUUUUAUUAUAGACAAAUAUGCAGCAUGGUGGAUCACCACCUCAUGCUAGGCACAUUCAUUCAUUCACUCAUUCAUCUUCUAUCCUACUACAACAGGAUAUCUUCCGUCUUCCUCAACUUUCUAAACCUCUCUCCUCUGCAAAACGGAAGCGGAUGUCAUAAAGAACGCAGCUACAGAACUGCGAAGACACCCAGAUGACGACUUUGACGAGCUACCCGCAGCAGGUGUGCGCAAGGAAAAAUCAUCUAUCCUAGCUGCAAAAGGAAUGAAUAGGCAUACUGGGAUGUCAUCGGGAGGGAUUAAGUUAUGCUAGAAAAUCGAGGACUUUGGUAUGCUCCAAAAUCGAGGAUCCCCUUUCCGCAGUCUUUCUCUAAUCACUAGCUGCCUAACGAUGACUGACGAGGAGACGCAAAGUCACGAUGGUGGUGCCAAAAACAAGUCGAAGAACUCUAGCACUACGUAUCCACCGCUCCACACAAACAUGAGUUCCUCCUCUAUGAAUAAGAACAACAAGAGCAUGAACCUCGCUGAUGCCGAAGACGCCGCAAAGCACCUGCUGCAAGAACUACAGUCUCUGAAUACUGACAGAGACAGUUCCCUAGCUGCCAGGUCGCGCAGUGGUCGCGAAGGCUCCUUCGGCUCGCGCGCGCCUUAUGCCACGCACUCCAUCUACGCGCAACAGCGUAAUAAGGAGAGAACCACAGCGCAGGAAAUCGGAGGAAGUCAGAUACAUGAAAUCGACUUGGUGGAUGUAGAGAAGAUGUUGCAAGCUCAAGGACUAGGACAGCAAUCUUCAUCGAUGCAUCGAGGACAAGCAUCUUCACCAGAAAAGAAGCAGCAAAGGGAAAAGCGGAGAAGAGAGAAGAAAAACAAAAUGUCCUCUGCGUCACCUCCCAAGCAUCUCUGUGGCACAGAGGAGCAUCGUAAUCGCAAUGGAGAACAAGAACUCAUAGUACAACAACAGCAUCAUCUUCAAGCACAGCAAAAUCGUCGUGCUGGGCUUCAAACUGGAGGCCCGCUACCAGAUGAGGGCACCACUUUAGGUGGUAGCUUUCGUAGGCUAGAGGAUCGAGGCUGCGCGAAUUUGGCCACGACGUUCUUGGUGAAUCGCCGACUAGAGGGAAUCGAAGAAGAAUUAGGCGAUAAGAUGUAGACCAUACAAAGAUGUUAGAGGGAAUCGAAGAAGAAUUGGGCGAUAAGAUGUAGACAAUACAAAGUGAGAUAAGCAUAAUCGCAUACUGCUACGUAGAAAACGAGGACAUCCAUAGAAGAUCAUCCACGGCUUUGAAAAUACAGAUAAAGUACAGGACUACAUGGUUUGAAAAGCAAUCUUUGUGUCUCAGCAAUAUUUAGCGCUAAAUCCAUCGAUCAUAACAAUCACAUGUUUGCUUAUUCCGUUCUACUUAAACGAAAGAACAUACAACUAUUUUUUUCAAGAAUAACACAAGGAGACUACUACAUACUCAUCAAGCCAUAUUGAAUUUGCGUGCUUUCUAGGACUAAACAUAACUAAUCUGAAUAUCUUCGCAAUUCGCAAUGCAUAUGCAUAGAAAUCUUAAACUCUCCUCCCUUUGGGGCUGCGCUUGUACAGGUCAAAUGCUUGAAAUUUGGACAACAUUGGAAAUGGAAUUGGAUGUUAAAGCGUACGCGAGGACUAUUCUUGAAGAUGCAAGAACAAUUUAUGCUG